AUGGAUUUCCGAGUUGUGACCAUCACCUAUAAUGUGAAUAUGCAACGUGCUGAUGAGGAUGACAUUAAGAAACUCCUUUCACCGGCCUUAGCGGUGAAUCCGAGCGUCUUAGUUAUUGGAAUGCAGGAGGUUGCUCAUGGAGAGACGGUUGUUGGCGGUACGACAGUCACCUGGCAGCGACAAAUGUUCGAAUGGGUGAAAACAAAGAACGGAGGUUUAGUGCUGCUCACAAAAACACAUCAAAUGACGAAUCAAGUGACCACAUUUUGUAGAGAUCAGCUUCGAAGCACCAUGGGUGGGCUCACUGGACACAAAGGAUCUAUUGGUAUCAAAAUUUCAUUCCAAAAUCGAACGGCAAUUGUGUUUGUUGACAGUCAUUUCGUUCAUGACGUGUUUGCCUAUGAUAGGAGGAUUGCGCAAUUUCAUUCAAACAAAGUUUGCUGUUUUCCUGAAGAUCCUGAAGUGAAGGCAGUCUUCUGGUUGGGUGACCUGAACUUUCGCGUGGAAAAAGAAGCAGAGGAGGUGAUGGAGCUAAUCAAAUCUAACGCUGUACUUGGCUUAUUGAAUACCGACGAACAACUGAAACGAGCUGUACAGAAGGGAGAGGCGUUUGUUGGAUUUGAAGAACAAGCGCUCUCUUUUCCACCGACUUACAGACUUUACGUCGGUACAACUGAGUACGAUUUGAGACGUACGCCGUCGUGGUGUGAUCGCGUCUUGUACAAGGGUGACAUUAUUUCGCCGGUUAGCUAUAUCUCUAACCAGGAAGUACUUGUGAGCGAUCAUUUUCCUGUACAGGCUGUUUUCGAUGUGAAGAUUUCCCAUUUGUCGAACCUCACCUGGGAUUGUCUAUUCGAACAUCUACCUACAUGGUAUACGACUGUCCCACUAAUUGGACGGUUCCAACUUCUUAACAAUUAUUGGACAUCUUGUGGUAGUUACCUAGACUGGAUCGGCGUUUAUCCGGCGACAAUCGAUGACUGUACCUCCCCAUUCCGAUGGCUGUGGAUAGUAACUUGCGGUGAGCAGGUGGUUCAUGGUCAGAAGUACAUCGUUUGCGAAUUUGUCCCUUUGCCAGAAGGGAACUACCGACUUGGUUACUUCAGUCACUACAGCAACUGCCUGAUAGGAUUGUCGAAAUCAUUUAGAGUAGUAGAACAACCAUCGAAAUAG